AGGUGGGAAAGGUUGAUUUAACUGAACUCACUCAGCUGGCAUCAGAACCAAAACGGAACAACACCUUCUACAUUAAAGACUACAGUGGACUUAAAGGACUUCUUGACAACCUGCAAAAAAAGAUCUACAACAUUGAAGGGUCAAAGGAUGCUCAAGGCAGAGACAGACAGAAAGAGUUAUCACAGAGUGGAUUCAGUGUCGUCUACCAUGAGGAGUCUGUGAUCGUGGGUUCGGUCGGAUCGAAUGACUGGCGUGGAGCUCUGUAUGAAGUGACGGGAUCAGGACCUGAAUUCAAUCAGACAGAGAUCAUCGAUCCCAGCUGUAAAUAAAGACUCGUACAUGGGUUACUCUACUGUGCUGGGAAUGAGACGCGGCGUCUCUCUUCUGUUCUCUGGGGCGCCGCGGGCCGAACACACGGGUCUGGUGACCCUCUUCACCAAGAACCAAAACACAUGGAACGUGACGAGCAACAUCAGCGGAGAACAAAUUGGCUCAUAUUUCGGAGCGUCUCUGAAUCUGUUGGAUGUGGACUCUGAUGGAGACUCAGAUUUCCUGCUGGUCGGAGCUCCAUUAUUUUACCAGUCUCAGCCGAGGACUGAAGGGAGGCUGUACGUCUACACUUUAUCAGAGCAGAAGUAUUUUCAGAGGACACUGAAUGUGAGUGAAUCAACCACAGGUAGAUUUGCUGUGUCUGUGGCUUCACUAAAGGACCUGAAUGGAGACGGUCUGUCAGAUGUGGCGGUCGGGGCACCGCUGGAGAAUGAAGGAGUCGUCUACAUCUACCUGGGUGACAGGACGCAUGGCAUAAACCCUGAACUCACUCCUCAGCGGAUCCCAGCGCGCUCAGUUCUGCCCGGUCUGCAGCAGUUUGGAGUGUCUCUGACCGGUCAGAUGGACAUGAAUGAUGAUAAUCUGACAGAUAUCGUGAUCGGAGCACAAGGAGGGAUCGUCCUGCUCAAGGCUCGGCCUGUGAUGUCUGUAUCUGCGCAGCUCAGUUUCAGUCCAAAGGAAAUCAGUCUGAACUACUUUGAAUGUCCGGGUAGCAACGGAUUUAAUGCAUUAAAUCUCACGUCAUGUUUCACGGUGACCGAGAGGGACCAGCAGCACAGGAUCUCUGGAGAAGAAGCUGAAUGUUUCUCUGAAUCUGAAUGUGGAUGUGGUACGAGGAAUGAGUCGAGGAUUCUUCGAUCCGAUGGAUUCGUCGUCCAGUUCUCUGCAGCAGUCCGUCCUGCUGGAUUCUGGCUUCUCCUGCUUCAACUUCUCCAUCUUCGUGCUGCGCUGUGUUGAAGACACAGUAUCUCCUCUGAAGAUACGAAUGAAUUUCUCACAAACUGAGAUGUUGUCUGGAAACUCUGUGGCUGUUCUUGACGUCCACAGCAGGACGGAGGAGUAUGUCGAGUUGGGUUUUUUUUUAUGAAAUCGCCCUGAUGAGUUUGUUCAAGAGGAUGAAAAUGUAACUGCGGCUGAAGACUCUCCUCUCAUGAACGUGAAUGCUAAAGGAAACGGAGUCGCUGAGAACGACAGCACAGAGAAAGAGAACGGAGCGAGAGAAACGAGCCCCAGUCCUGACCCUCCAAACACAGACCAAUAAAAUCUCACUUUAUUUCCACACA